AAUCUCGGCAGCGACAACCUCAUACGCGCGUGUACGUAACAAAUGUUUGCCCCGCAUUCAUGCUCGGUCUAGCCCCAAUCUCCUACAAACGUCCGUUCCCUCAUGAUUCUCAUCGAUUCUGCGACCUGCCUAAAGGAGCAUUAAACCCGUUGACGAUCCAAUCAGCCAUGUUCAAUUUGCCUCCUCUUCCCUGCGUAGUGGACUCUGAGAGACUUUGUCAGGAGACUGUCGUGGCACAACAUCGUCAUCGCUCUCAUUCUCUCUCACAACUCUCUUGGCCCCCUGAACUCAUCAUCACCUCUGCAGCAACCCAACAGAAAACGUUGCCUCCAUCACCACCGACUCAGUGAAUUUUGAAGUCCUCGUGUCUGAAGGAAACUCACUCAACUCUACAUUGCUUCUUCACACUUAUCAAUCACCCCUAGUCAAAAAACGAGUCAUCAUACAUGAGCCCUCAUCACCGUAGCCGAGGGCCUCUUUCAUUCCCGACCGCCCUAACAAUCGGCGCCGUCAUCGUACUCACACUCUACUUCUACUCUCCACUGCAAUUCUUCACAAUGGCAUCUGACUCCUCAUCCUUCCUCGACAACCUCGAGGUAAGCCUGUCUCAGUCCGGCACGUCACCCCCGAAAGUCUCAGUGUCCAUCAAAAACACACACCCGGACACCCUCGUGACGCUCCUGAAAUGGAACUCCCCGCUUGACCCCGCCGUCCUCGGCCUGGGCCAAGUGUCCAUCCAACCCGCCGGGGCCUCCGAGCCGAUCGAGACCCACGCCAUCAUGAUCAACCGUAAGAUGCCGCCUGGCGCCGAGUCGCUCGUGACACUGCGGCCCGGUGAGAGCGCGGAUCAGGUUGUUGAGCUUCGCGAGCCAAGAGUACCGGGAGCUGUGUGGGAGGCGGGCAAGGCCAAAGUCGCAAUGAAAGGAAGGUGGAUGGCUGUCUGGCCUGGCAUGACUACGGAUGAGGUGUUGCAGAGCCCGGAAAAGUUGACGUCUGUCGGUGCUGGUGCAGGGUCAUUGAUAGGGGAGUGGGUGACGGAGACUAUUGAGGUUGGAAACUAGGCAGUGGACUUCCUUUCCCAGCAGAUCUAGAAGCUUCGAUCAUCUUAGUACAAUCUUUUGUUGUCUUCAGUAAAUUGCUAUCACAUCAAAUUAAGCUGAGCUGAGAAUCCUACAU